UUCAUCGGUUCUUGCUCAAUUCGGACAUGGAUGAAGAUUUCUGCUUAGCUGAUUUCUCACUAGAAGACAUUGAUUUCGACUUUAAUUUUAACGAAGAAAUCAGUCUAUUACCUGACGAAGCGAGCAUGCAUACACAAAGGAUUCAACGUUCAUCAGAUUUUGAUAAUCAAAUGCGUCUUGGGUUCCUCAAAGAGAAGCCGAAGCCUGCGGUCAAUAACAAGCCACAAAUGAUUUCUUUCGAUUUUUUUAGUAAUGUUUCUUCUUCGCCACGUGGAACCAAAAGAAAAGCAUGUUCUCCUGCCACAAGAUCUCCGGUUCUCGCCAAAGAACAUGUUCUGGCUGAAAGAAAACGUCGUGAGAAGCUUUCGGAAAAGUUCAUUGCCCUCUCAGCUCUUCUUCCAGGUCUUAAGAAGGCAGACAAAAUAACGGUUCUUGAUGAUGCGAUUUCACGUAUGAAACAACUCCAAGAACAACUAAGAAACCUCAAUGAAGAGAAAGAAGCAACAAGAGAAAUGGAAUCAUUGAUUCUUGUGAAGAGAUCUAAAGUUUUUCUCGACGAGGAACCUUACCUCUCGCCUUCUCCUUCAGAUCAUGAUCAGCUUGAUCAAGCAUUACCAGAAAUCGAAGCCAAAGUAUCGCAAAAUGAGGUUCUUAUCCGAAUCCAUUGCGAGAAGACGAAAGGAUGCAUGUUUAACAUACUAAACACGAUAGAGAAUCUUCAAUUGCACAUCGUUAAUAGUGUCAUAUUGCCAUUCGGAGACUCGACCCUUGACAUUACAGUCCUUGCACAGAUUGACAAAGAUUUCUCGGUGAGUGUACUUAAGGAUCUUGUAAGGAACCUGAGACUCGCAAUGGCUUAGUCUUCUUCAAAGUUUUAGUAAUUGACUGUACAUUGAUGCCAAUGGUUCAGCCGUGGAGAAUGAAACGACGACAAUUUCCUCGAUUUGCUGUCUUUUCACUGCUAUAAUUUUUAAUAUUUUUGAA